GUGUGAUUUCCCCGCAGGCUGCAGCAGGAACUGAUGGCACUGAUGAUGUCCGGUGACAAAGGCAUUUCUGCCUUCCCCGAGUCCGACAAUCUCUUCAAGUGGAUCGGGACCAUCGACGGCGCCGCCGGGACGGCCUAUGAGGAGCUGCGGUACAAGUUGUCGCUGGAGUUCCCCAGCGGGUAUCCCUACACAGCACCCACCGUGCGGUUCCUGACCCCCUGCUACCACCCCAACGUCGACACCCAGGGCAAUAUCUGCCUCGACAUCCUCAAGGAAAAAUGGUCGGCACUGUAUGAUGUCCGCACCAUCCUGCUCUCCAUACAGAGCCUGCUGGCAGAGCCAAACAUCGAGAGCCCUCUGAACACACAUGCCGCUGAACUCUGGAAGAACCAAGUCGCCUACAAGAAGUAUGUGCGGGAGACGUACAACAAGCAGACCAAGAGCCAGGAGACCUGACCGUCACCACCCCCCAAUAUACCCCCUCCCUCCCAGCUGUCCCCUGUGUUCUGUAUCAUAGGCUGUUUUUAAAUUAAUGUUGCAGUCCGAGCCACGGUUAAUGUAUAAAUAAAUGCACAUUUAUAACUUCUGUAAGGGAUUCUAUUCACCCUGAGUGUCCAGAGGCCCCUAUGCGAAUGUGGGCAGGGAGGGUGGAAGGGACACUGAUCUCUGUGGGGUAACAUGAGCUUUAUCAAUAUUU